AUGCUAUCAUUUCAAAAAUGGGCUUUUAAGCGAUACUCAUCGCCAUUUUCUUUACAUUUUAAAAGAGGCAUUGUUCAAACUACAGAACUUAAAACUACAUUAGAGCAGCUUCCAAAUAGCGGUGUAGUAGUAAUUGGUGCGGGUCACGCAGGUUGUGAAGCUGCUGCUGCCUCAGCAAGGUUGGGAUACGAGACAACCUUAGUAACGCCAUUCCUGGAUAAAAUUGGGACAUGUUCUUGCAAUCCUUCCAUGGGUGGUGUUGGGAAGGGGACUUUAUUAAGGGAAGUGGAUGCAUUAGAUGGUCUGGCAGCUAAAGUAACAGAUAAAGCUGGGAUACAAUUUAAAAUGCUAAAUCAAAGCAAAGGUGCUGCGGUUUGGGGCCCUAGAGCUCAAAUAGAUAGAACUUUGUAUCUGACACAUAUGCAGAAUACGUUAAAGGAUUACCCCAGUUUGAAGCUAAUACAGGGAAAAGUAAAUGAUAUUAUAAUUGAACCAAUAUUGAAAGAAAAUAGCCUUAGAACAAGCUAUCCUACCAGCAUCGUGAGAGGUAUUAUUUUACAAGAUGGAAGUAUCUUAAAAGCUUCAAAAGUUGUUUUAACUACUGGUACCUUUCUCUCUGCAGAAAUACAUAUAGGAUUGGAAUCACAUCCUGCUGGUAGAAUCGGCGAAGAUGCUACUUAUGGAAUUAGCAAAUCUCUAAAUGAUGCGGGUUUUAAACUUGGUAGGUUGAAAACAGGAACUCCAGCUAGAUUAGAUGGGAAAACUAUAAAUUUUGAAAUAUUAGAAAAGCAAUAUGGUGACAAUCCACCUCAUCCAAUGUCAUAUAUGAAUGAAACUGUAAAUAUCAAAGAUCAAAUCAUAUGCUAUGGUACUAGAACAACACCUGAAUUACAUGAAUAUUUACUAAAAAAUAUGCAUAAAUCGAUUCAUAUUAGAGAAACCGUGAAAGGACCAAGAUAUUGUCCUUCAAUCGAAGCUAAGAUCAUUAGAUUUAAAGAUAAAUUAUCUCAUAGAAUUUGGUUGGAACCUGAAGGUCUUGACACCGAUGUUGUAUAUCCUAACGGUAUCUCAAAUUCUAUGCCGCUAGACGUACAAGAAAACAUGAUGAGGAUGGUACCUGGCCUAGAAAAUGUGAGAAUAUUACAGCCAGCAUAUGGUGUAGAAUACGAUUAUGUUGACCCCACACAGCUAAAAAGCACUCUCGAAACUAAACUGAUCGAUGGUUUGUACAUGGCUGGUCAAAUUAAUGGUACUACUGGAUAUGAGGAAGCCUGUGCACAGGGUGUUGUUGCAGGAGCCAAUGCGAGUGCAUCUGCAUUAGGCAAGCAACCUUUAAAGCUAUCGAGAGCAAAUUCAUAUAUUGGUAUCUUAAUUGAUGAUUUAAUUACUAAAGGUAUCAAAGAACCAUACAGAAUGUUCACAUCAAGAUCUGAGUUCAGGUUAUCUGUGAGAGCUGAUAACGCAGAUUUGAGACUUACUGAAUUAGGAAGAGAACAAGGUUGUAUUAGCGAUUUAAGAUGGAAUAAAUUUAUACAUGAUAAAGAGGUAUUUGAAGAAGCUAAAGACAAUUUGAAAAAAUUCACUUCACCGAUAACCAAAUGGAAUACAAAGUUAGGAUUAGAUUUACCUGAUCUGACCCGUACACUAAGUGGAUGGGAAUUAUUGAAAUAUAACAACAUGGAUUUCCAAAAAGUCAUCGAUCAAGUACCAGCGUUUAACGAAAAUUCCAAAUUAAACAAUAUCCCACAACAUAUUAAAUUAAAGCUAAGUACAGAAGGAAAAUACGAACCAUAUCUGAGAAAACAAAACCAAUAUGUGAAAGCUUUCCAAGCCGAUGAGAACUUAUUACUACCGUUGAACAUGGACUAUUCUACAAUUCCGAGCUUGUCAUCGGAAGUCAAGAACCUACUGAAUACUAUUAAACCAGAAACAUUUGGCCAAGCCAGAAGAAUACAGGGCGUUACAGCAUCGACACUCUUUGAACUAUAUAGAAUGGUUCGCAAAGAACAAGAUAACAUCAAGAAAGAGAACAUGUGUACAUAA